UUCUGUCCAGCUGCUCUUUUUGUGAGCCGGUAGUAAAUUGUUUAACAGGAGCGUCGUGUCGGUCUUGAACGUGUUUGUCCACGUGUUUCAGCAGCUUCUGGUUUCCAGCAAGAGGCUGGGUGUUGUUAAACCUUCUGCUCUAAUCUGUGCAUCGUGGAUAGCAUCACUGGGUCCGAGUUAUCCUGUCAACACGCGUUUUUAGGAGAUAAAGGACGUCGAUGCGAUGCUGCUGCUGCGACGGUGCAGACGGCUCACUGCAGGGCUGAGUCCUGCCCAGGCGCAACGGGCCAGACCAGCGGGCUCCCCAGCCCCGUCAUGGUGCGGGGUGGGGGGGGGCAGCCGGAGCAGCAGUGGUGGGGGUGAGGACGGGCAGACCGCCCAGGACCCCCGCUGGAGGCCCGCCCUGGCCGGCCUGCUGGUUGGGACCGGCGCCGUCCUGGCCUACGGCCUCCACCACCACAAGGCGGAGCGGCCGUUGGCCCCCAUGGAGCCGGCGCCGCCCGUCUUCAGCCAGGCUGAGGUGUCCAAGCACGGCUCGCUGGAGGCCGGCGUCUGGGUCACCUUCCGGGGCGGCGUCUACGACAUCACCGAGUUCGUGGCCAUGCACCCCGGGGGGGACAAGAUCCUGCUGGCGGCGGGCGGGGCCCUGGAGCCCUUCUGGGCGCUGUACGCCGUCCACAGCCAGGACCACGUGCUGGACAUCCUGUCGGAGUACAAGGUGGGGGAGCUGGACCCUGAGGACCAGGCGCGCCAGCGGGCGGUGGAGCCGUCGGACCCCUACUCCGGGGACCCCCAGCGCCACCCCGUCCUGCGGGUCAACAGCGCCAAGCCCUUCAACGCCGAGCCGCCGCCCGAGCUGCUGGGCGACAGCUACAUCACGCCCUCCGCCAUCUUCUUCAAGCGGAACCACCUCCCCGUGCCGCGCGUGGACCCCGCGUCGUACCGGCUGCGCGUGGAGGGCCUCCCGCGGCCCCUGAGCCUCUCGCUGGCGGACCUCAAGAGCCGCUUCCCGAAGCACACGGUGACGGCCACGCUGCAGUGCGCCGGCAACCGCCGCUCUGAGAUGAACGCCGUGAAGCAGGUGAAGGGGCUGAACUGGGGCAUCGCCGCCAUCAGCAACGCCACCUGGAGCGGCGCCCUGCUCAGGGACGUGCUGCGCGAGGGGGGCUGGGGCCCCGAGGCGGCCGGCGGGGGGGCCCGCCACGUGCAGUUCGAAGGCCUGGAUGCGGACGCGUCGGGCACCACCUACGGCGCGUCCAUCCCGCUGAACAAGGCGCUGAGCGAGGAGGGCGACGUGCUGCUGGCGUACCAGAUGAACGGCGAGGACCUGCCGGCCGACCACGGCUACCCGCUGCGCGUGGUCGUGCCCGGCACCGUGGGCGCCCGCAACGUCAAGUGGCUGGGCAAGGUGAUCGUCAGCCGGGAGGAGAGCGCCAGCCACUGGCAGCAGAACGACUACAAGGGCUUCUCGCCGGGCACGGACUGGGACACGGUGGACUUCAAGUCGGCCCCCGCCAUCCAGGAGCUGCCGGUGCAGUCGGCCAUCACGCAGCCCGCCGACGGGGCGGUGCUGGAGCGCGACGCCGACGGGGAGGUGACGGUGCGCGGCUACGCCUGGAGCGGCGGCGGGCGGGAGGUGGUGCGCGUGGACGUGUCGCUGGACGGGGGGAAGACGUGGCAGGUGGCGCGACUGAGGGAGGGGGAGGAGCAGGGGGAGGAGCAGGGGGAGGCCCCGCCGCCGCCGCCGCUGCCGGGCCGCGCCUGGGCCUGGAAGCUGUGGGAGGUGGUGGCGCCGCUGCCCCCCGGGGAGCAGCAGGUGGAGAUCGUGUGCAAGGCGGUGGACAACAGCUACAACAUGCAGCCCGACUCGGUGGCGCCCAUCUGGAACUUGAGAGGCGUGCUGAGCAACGCCUGGCACCGGGUGAGGGUGACGGUCAGGGAGGACUGAGCACCCCGACACCCUCAACAACCUGACACCCUCAGCACCCUGACACCCACAGCUUUGAGGCUGUUUGUGCAGCUUCAGCCCUUUGCUGUCCUCAUCCGGAUACAUGAAGUGCUUCUAGAAGGUUGCUUAUCAUCAGAUAGUCUUGAGGUUUUAUCUAGGGAUCUAGGAAUGAAUGAAUGUGAUCGAAACAAAGAAGUAUUAUAUUCGGCAUUUGAUCAAUUGAUUUGUGCUUUUUGUAAGACGUCUAUUUUUCUAAUCCUGACUUGAGUCAGGUCACUUAGCCAGAGUUUGAACACUUUGAAUCAUUGUUUCUCAAUUAAUCUUUUCAACUGCUGUGGGUCUUUUUCCCUUCCUUUUGUCUUUUUUAAAUGUUAAAAGUAGACUUAUUUAACUAAUAUUUGAAACAUGCUCAAGUCAAUAAUUUGCUGUUCUUCAUGUUAAUGUUUGAACUGUAUAUUCAGUUUUGUAUGAGUACUACUUUAUUUAUUCGACUUCUAAGCUGGUAAAUAAAGUGAAUGCUGAUCA